AUGCCCUUAUUGGAACAAUUUAAUGAUGAAACAAAUCUAAUCAUCAUAGAAAACGCAACGAUCACACUGUCAAAUCUUUGUAUGAGAAAGCCUUGGUUCGAGCAGGUGAAAUCUGCCAUCCUACCUCUCGCUCAUCUGAUCCAUACGGACGUUGAACUAGUCAUUUGUAAUGUAUGCGAGGCACUAUUCAAUCUAACUUGUGGGGAAAUGGAUAUGAAACAAGCUGUGAUUGAUGCUGGUGUUUUCCCUCGUUUGUUUGAGCUUUUACUAUAUCGUAAAUCAUAUAUUUCGUCUCCUGCCCCGCUCAUUGUUGAUAAUAUUAUUUCAUACGUAGAUGAUACCCAGAUUCAGGCGGUGAUUGAGGCUGGUAUUAUUUCACCUCUUCGCCUAAUGCUUCAAGAUGCUGAUCUUUUUAAUGAUGCUGCUGAGGUUAUCUAUAAUGUCACUACUAAGGGAACUAAUGAGCAAAUCAGGUUCCUGGUGCACGAGGGUUGUAUAGAGCCAAUGUGCGAUCUUCUAGUUAAUCCCAACGAAGUGCAUGUCAUAAGAAUCUGCUUGGAAGGCCUUGAGAACAUUCUGAAGGUUGGAGAAGCUGAGAAGAACCAAGGUAACACCGAAGAUGUGAAUGUCUUUGCUCAGAUGAUUGUUGAUGCUGGGGGCCAAGAGAAGAUUAAGAACCUCCAGACUCAUGACAACAGUGAAAUAUGCGAACAGGCCGGGAAGAUACUUGAAACAUAUUGGUAG